AUGGAGAUCUCAUGGAAGUAUUGUUGGCUCGGGUUAAUAACAUUGGUGAUUUCAAACCGUUUAGUAGACACUUUUACAAAAUUUACCAACAUCGACUGCAAAGCGUUCGACAAAUCUUUCGCCGAUUUCAAUAGUUGUCGCCUGCACGUGCCGAAACGGGGAGAGAUCGCAUUAUCCUUGCAUGUGCAGCUCCUCCAGAUACCAGUUAAUAAUGUCAGUAUAAACCUUUCAUUUUUCAAGAAAGCCAGUGGUUAUCGCCCCUUUCUAUACAAUGUUACCGUCGAUUUUUGUGAUUUUAUGGCGAACAGAAAACGUUAUCCUUUUCUAAAUAUAUGCCAUGGUGUUAUUCUGAAGGACUCGAACAUUAAUCACACCUGCCCUUUCAACCAUGACAUAAUCGUUAAAAAUCUAGUUCUGCGGGACGAUAUGUUCGGACGAAUGCCGGUGCCAGCGGGAGAUUAUAUGUUUAAGUUAAUGGUGGGCGCCUACAAUGAAUGGAAAGCUGAUGUGAAAACUUACUUCUCAAUAAAACUCAAUGAAUAGGAGCGUUAGGGUGAUGGAAUUAAAUUCAAAUAUCAAAAAUAGAUGAAAUUAUAUUAUGCAAAGUAGUAAGAAAGACGGCAACCCAUCAGGAAUAUAUUGUCAACAGAUAUUUAUCUCAAAACCUUGUAUUUUAAUGCUAAUUUUGCAAUAUUUUAUUUCUCUGAUUUGUUUGAAUUAAUAAACUUAU